AAGAAAAAAAAGAAAAGAAUUGAAGAUAGUUAGUUACCUUUUCAUCGCAAAAAAAAGACCAAGACCUUAGACUACUACCAAUUUCUUCAACAUAAACAAUACCUUGAAAAUCACAGAAUUGUUUCGCAAUGGCCAAAAGUCGCACGAAGAAGCGCACCCAUGUGGGUGCCAGUAACCCCAAGUUCAAAGCUCCUCCAGCUGGCCGCUCAGCUGUACAAGAUCCCAAGAGCAUGGUUAUUCGCAUCGGCGCCGGUGAAGUUGGAUCUAGUGUUAGUCAAUUGGCAAAAGAUGUCCGUCAAGUUAUGGAACCUGGAACCGCCAGUCGUCUGAAAGAACGUCGCGCGAAUCGUCUAAGAGACUAUGUCACUAUGACUGGUCCUCUGGGCGUUACCCAUCUCUUGCUAUUCUCAAGAUCCGACUCUGGCAAUACGAACCUGCGCAUAGCUACCACUCCUCGCGGUCCUACAUUACACUUCAGAGUCGAGAAAUACUCACUUUGCAAAGAUAUACGAAGAGCGCAAAGACAUCCUUUGGGCGGAGGCAAGGAGUAUACCACACCACCAUUGUUAAUCAUGAACAACAUCUCCACACCGGGCGCAGACGCCAACUCCAAGGUUCCCAAGCACCUCGAAUCCCUCACUACUACCAUAUUUCAGUCACUAUUCCCUCGUAUCAACCCACAGACUACACCCUUGAAAUCCAUACGCAGAGUCUUGCUCCUAAAUCGAGAGCCUGCAACAGAAGAGGAUGAUGGCUCGUUUGUCCUUAAUUUCCGACAUUAUGCUAUUGUCACCAAGGCUGCUGGAGUAUCAAAACAACUCCGUAGACUCGAUGCCGCCGAGAAACUGUUCAGUGCCAAGAACCGAAAAGGAGGCGUCCCCAAUCUUGGAAAGCUGGAAGAUAUUUCCGAGUACAUGAUCGGCGGCGAGAAUGGCGAGGGCUACGUAACCGACGGCACCAGCGGAAGCGAAGCAGAUACAGAUGCCGAAGUUGAAGUUCUAGAGGAUGCGCCGCGCAGAGUACUCUCUAGCAAAGCACGCGCGGCUAAGCUUGAGAGCGGGGAUAAGGGUAUUGAGGUUGAAGAGAGGGUAGAGCGACGGCGCGUCAAGCUUGUCGAACUAGGACCUCGCAUGAAACUACGCAUGACCAAAGUAGAAGAGGGGUUAUGUUCCGGAAAGACAAUGUGGCACGAGCAUAUUCACAAGUCGAAGCAAGAGAUAAAGGAUCUCGAAAACCGAUGGGAACAACGUAAACAGGAGAAGGAUGCGAGGAGAAAAGAGCAGAAGGCCAACGUCGAGAAGAAACAGAAAGAGCGCGCGGCUAGUGGUGCCAAGAACAAAAAGGACGAUGCUGCUGGUGAAGAAGAGGAUGAUGAUGAUAUUGAGAUGAACGGGAACAACAGUGACCUGUUCGAGGACAUGAUGGAGGAUGACGAUAAUGAGAUGGAUAGUGAGGGUUUGGCUGGGGAUGCGGAAGAAGCUCUCAAUGCGCUUAUGGGCGAUGAGGAGUGGGAAGACGAAAGGGAAGAAAUCGCGGGUUAGCCAAACCAUCCAUCUUGUUCAUUUCGAUGGGAUUCCAUACUUGAUACCUGUUUAGAAAGUGCGGUGUCUGGCGUAUUGCAUCAAUGCAUUGUAAUAUGAGGUCUGUUGACGAUCAAGCCACCUACAUGUACAUGUGCAUGCUGACGAGUAGAAUACAAUACCUUGAUGUAUUAUCAGGAUGUGAAACUAUAUCGAAAGGAGCUUGUUUUUCGCUCUGUAUUAUGGGUGCUGAGGGCGUAGAAUCUGUCCCACUUGCAUCUUCUUAAUAGCCCCUCUCCAGGGAUACUCACCCCUUAGACUACAUAGCCGUCCGCUCUACAGUUCGAUGGCAUUUAGAGGAAUGCGAUAGCUUUUGAAGGUUCAUGCGCGUAUAUUUAAGACAUACAUUAAUAACAAC